UUGUCAACUGAGUAUGCAAUAUCAUUUGAUUGUACGUAAGACUUGCUUGAAGGUUAAGAUUUUUAUAGAAAAAGUCUAACACAUAAAUACGAGGGUAAAUGCAUUUUAUUUGCAGUUUCCGCACAGUAAUUACAAAGAGCAAAAUGAACUCCGUGGUAGCCCUUCUUCUUGUCUCCUCCUUGGCUGUGAGCCAAGCCUCCAUCUUGGGCCUAGGCCACCUAGGUGGUGCUGCCACCUUGGUGGGACCAGCUAACCCUGGUGCAGUCCUAGCCGGUCCAGCAGCUCAUGCUGCUCUUAUUGGACCUGACGGAAGCCAUAUUUCAGCAGCUGCUCAAGCCGGUGCUGUCGCAGCAGCCCCAAUUCCCGGUGGUGUGGUCAGCGCAGCUGUUUCUCCUGGAGUAGUUGGUGUUCAUGGAUUGGGACUUGGCUUGUGGGGAUUGCACGGACGUUAAUUUUGGAUCCUGUCUAUGAUUUCAUGAGCUAUCUUCAUUAUCUUUCUGUCAUCUCCAUGUAUCUCUUUGAAAAUUGGCUUCAAUAAAUUUCUUUUUCCAUAA